AUAACUGGACAUAAAUGGGAGGAAAUAUUUUCAUAUGGGAAACAGUUUAAAAAGAAAUCUAAUCUUUCUUUGCAUGAGAGAAAUCACAGAGAUAAAGGGUCAUUUUCAUGCUCAGAAUGUGGAAAAUCAUUUACAAGGAAAUUCAAUCUACUUGGACAUCAGAUAAUUCACACAGGAGAGAAACCGUAUUCAUGUUCGGAAUGUGGGAAAUGUUUUAGUCGGAAAGCAGAUUUCGAUAGACAUCAUAGAACUCACACUGGAGAGAAACCUUUUCUAUGUUCAGAAUGUGGGAAAAGUUUUAUUCAAAAAUCUGAUUUUGAUAGACAUCAGAGAACUCACACAGGGGAAAAGCCAUAUUCAUGCUCAGAAUGUGGGAAAUGUUUUAGUCAGAACUCGCAUCUUGUGGAACAUCUACGAGUCCACACAAGAGAGAAGCCAUUUUCAUGUUCUGAAUGUGGAACACGUUUUAGCCAUAAAUCAGCUAUGAUGCAUCAUCAGCGAACUCACAAAAGAGAGAAGACAUUUCUAUGCUCAGAAUGUGGAGCAUGUUUUGCAGAUAACAUAGCUCUUCACGAUCAUCAGAUUUCACAGUAUGGAAAAUGUUUUAGUCAAAAAUCAGAUCUUGAUAGGCAUCAGAGAACUCACACAGGGGAUAAACCAUUUUCGUGUUCUGAAUGUGAGAAGUGUUUUAGUCGGAAAUCAUCUCUUGUGGAACAUCUAAGAAUUCACACAGGAGAGAAGCCAUUUUCAUGCUCAGAAUGUGGGAAAUGUUUUAGUCAAAAACUGUAUUUUGAUAUACACCAGAGAACUCACACAGGGGAGAAACCGUUUUCAUGCUCAGAAUGUGGCAAAUGUUUUAGUCUAAAAUUAUAUCUUGUUCGACAUCAGAGAACUCACACAGGGGAGAAGCCAUUUUCAUGUUCUGAAUGUGAGAAGUGUUUUAGUCGGAAAUCAUCUCUUGUGGAACAUCUAAGAGUUCACACAGGAGUGAAGCCGUUUAUAUGUUCAGAGUGUGGGAAGUGUUUUAGUCAAAAAUUAUAUCUUCAUAGACAUCAGAAAACUCACACAAAGGAGAAGCCAUUUUCAUGCUCAGAAUGUGGAAAAUGUUUCAUUCAAAAGUCAGAUCUUGAUAGACAUCAGAGAACUCACACAGGAGAUAACCCAUUUUUAUGUCCUGAAUGUGGGAAAAGUUUUAGCCAGAAAUCAAAUCUUGUGGAACAUCUAAGAAUUCACACGGGAGAGAAGCCGUUUUCAUGCUCAGAUUGUGGAACAUGUUUUACCCAUAAAUCAGCUCUGCUUCAUCAUCGGAGAACUCACACAGGAGAGAAGCCAUUUCUAUGUUCAGAAUGUGGGAAAUGUUUUAGUAAAAAAUCCGGUCUUGAUAGACAUCAGAAAACUCACAAAGGUGAGAAACCAUUGUAAUGUUCAGAUUGUAAGAAAUGUGGCAGGUGUGGAGAUUCAGGUCCCUUUCCCACGCAUGAUCUGGAUUGUAUCCGGAUCUG